AUGCUGGAACCGUUGGAGGACGAUCCGCACGGUGCAUCAUGCAGAAGCAGAACAUCCGCUGGCUGGCCGCCGGAUGAAUGCUACGCUACGACCCUAGAGUAUUACUCAAAACUCUAUGGCAGACGGGUUGAUACAACGUGGUGGUUGAUCUCGAGCCUGCCCAUCUAUGAUGUAUUCUCUCCACCGAUGCGCGCGGCCACGCUACGUGGUCCACAGUCCGGUCCACUACGCGUUACCACAAUAAGUUACCUGUCAGACUAUUCGUUAAUUAGUGCCAGGCUGCCAGCCCUGCGGCCCCUGCCGCUGCUAGAUAGCUAUCGGACUACCGGUGCUCAAACCACCGGGACCCUGCCUGUGAUUGACGGAGGAAGGACUAUUAUUAUCGUUGAUCUGUACGGAGCACUCCAUACAGGGUCAGGUAACUACUACGUAGCUAAGCAACCUAUACUAUACUACUAUACUAUAAAUAUCUCUCCAUACAUACCAGACAGACACAGACAGGCAGACAGCAGAUCAAUCAGAUCAGAUCAUGGAUUAGGAUCCUGGAUCCCUCAUUCCGUACUUCAACUGAACUUCACAGUGCACUCACUCACAGGGAUGCACAAUGUGAAGUUUGUGAAGUCAAUAAUCAGCAAAUUGAUUGAUCGAAUCCCGCAGUUGAUUGAUCCCGCUCAUCGUCCAUCACACUGUCCCUGCAACUAUCAGUAUCAGCGGGCUGGGCCUGGAAUCAAUGACCAAGCAGGCAACCAACCAAAAAAAAAUAAGCCCCCCUCGUGGAUAUCCAAGGACUCGGUCACCAAGCAAGAAGGUGAGCAAACAAGCAAGUCAGUGAGUGAAUCAGAUGCUAUACGGAAAUUCUCUCUUCUGUAUCUACUUCUUCUUCAUCCCUACACGACCUCCUCUUCCGUACGGAAUACUCAAUCCGGAAACCGGCCAGAUGAUCUCCCUUUUUUUAUCUUCUCCGAGUCCGAUGGUUCUCCCGGUGAUUCGACCUUCGGCGUGGUGACCGCACAGCUAGCUAGCUACAGUAAUGGCUAG